AUGGCCAUUGGUCUUGAUCAGAAUAGAGCAAAGGGACCAAGAAGGAAACCACCCCACACCAAGGUGCAGAGGUUCCUGAGCUGGGGGUUGCCAGCCUCCUACAGGCGAUUCCUGUGGCGCCAGCCAGGCGAGUUUCCUGUCACGGCUUUCCUGCUGGGGGCAGGCACUGGGGGGCUCCUUACCAUCGGGUUCUUUCAGCUCCUGGUAAACCCCAUGAACAUCUAUGAACAUCAGAAGAUGAUGAUGCUGUACAGCUUGGUAGGCUUAGGGGCCAUGGGCUGGGGGACCUCCCCUCAUAUCCGCUGUGCCAGUCUCCUGAUACUACCUAAGAUGUUGGGCAAAGAGGGCAGGCUCUUUGUACUGGGAUACGCCAUGGCUGCCAUCUAUGAAGGGCCAGUGGCCAACAUGCGUUACAACCUCAACGAAGUGAUAGCGUCACUGGGCUGCACUGUGGAGCUGCAGAUCAACAACACACGAGCGGCCUGGCACACCUCCACAGCCCCCCUGCGGGCAGUAUUCAAGGACCUGCUGGGCAGCAAAGAUUCAUUGAAAGCCAAGACUCUCAACAUCUCCAACUCUUUUGAGGACCUGGAUGCCCAGGUGAAGAGUGAGGCUGGCUUCAAUCCGGAGGAUGCCAUGGACUCAAACAAGACAGCACAAGAUGUAGAGAGCCGCCAGUUCCCAGCCUCCAGACAGCCUCUCUCCACACAGAAGAUGUUUGAGCUGAAGACCAAGCUACGUUGCUCCUAUGUGGUGAACAAGGCCAUGUUCAGCUGCCAACAGUGGUUUGACCGAAAGCAUGAACAGUGCAUGCAACGCAUCUGGGUCCCACUCCUCAACCACCUGCUCUGCUUGCCCAUGAAGUUCAAGUUCCUCUGUGGCAUCACCAAGGUGAUGGAGAUCUGGUGUCGGAAUCGAAUCCCAGUGGAAGGCAACUUUGGGCAGACCUACGACUCGCUCAACCAGUCUAUUCAUAGCCUGACUGGGGAAUUUUCAGCCAAUAUUAAUCUAAAGGAGGGGAAGCAGGCUGGAGUGCUGGGCCUCAACAGGAGCUGGGAGCACAUGAGCACUGAGGCCCGGAACUACGUGCGCACCCAGGAGGCCCGCCUGGAAUGGACCCUGGGGCUGCUGCAGGUGCUGCUCUCCUGCACCUUCCUGCUGGUCCUACAUGCGUCCUUCUCCUACAUGGACAACUAUAACCAGGACAUUCGCUUUGACAACAUCUACAUCAGCACCUACUUCUGUCAGAUCGAUGAACGCAGGAAGAAGCUGGGCAAACGGACUCUGCUGCCACUCCGCAAAGCUGAGGAGAAAACCGUCAUCUUUCCUUGCAAGCCCGUGAUCCAAGCCUCAGAAAUGAAAAAUGUGGUGAGGGAGCUCAUUGAAUCGGUGCCUGUUCUGCUGCUGCUGCUGCUGCUGUGUGGGCUGGACUGGGCUCUCUACUCCAUCUUCGACACCAUCCGCCAGCACUCCUUCCUGCAGUACUCCUUCCGUAGCAGUCAUAAACUAGAGGUGAAGGUGGAAGGAGACUCCAUGCUUGCCCGGCUUCUUCGGAAAACCAUCGGGGCCCUAAACACCUCCUCAGAGACAGUAGUGGAAUCAAACAACAUGCCCUGCCUGCCUCAGCCUGUGAGCCUGGAUGCCCAGGCCUACUUCAGGGCUGCACUACCGAUUGGCCUGCUAGUGUGUCUCUGCCUGCUCCAGGCUUUUGGCUACCGGCUCCGGAGGGUCAUUGCAGCCUUCUACUUCCCCAAGCGAGAGAAGAAGCGGAUCUUGUUCUUCUACAAUGAGCUACUGAGGAAGAGGGCCGCCUUCACCAAACUGAGAAGGGCUGCCAUCUUGAGGCAGGCCCAACAGCAGAGGGCUCCACACCACCACCUGGGUGACAUCUUGCACCACCGCUGCCCUCUCUUACGUCGCUGGUUGCGCCGGCGCUGCGUAGUGUGCUUGUCACCCGAGGCGCCCGAGUCCUACACGUGCCCGACGCCGGGCUGCGAGGCGGUGUACUGCCAGUCGUGCUGGGUCGACAUGCGGCAGCAGUGUCCUGUCUGCACACCCCGCGAGGAGCUCUCCUCCUCCGCCUUCAGCGACAGUAACGACGAUGCUACCUACGCAGAGUGA